AUGUCCGUCCUUCCCAGUUCUCCAGACCCCUCCUCGCCCCUCCAUUAUCCAUCCUCCCGCACAGCCCUCCUGCUGCUCGACUACCACAACUCCGUCGUCGAUAUUUGUGGCGAGACUGGUCUGUCUGCCGUCCGCCAAGCGCGCAUCCUUCGUGACUGGGCUAUCUGCCAAGAAAUACCGGUGAUACACUGUCUGGUAGACGUCAACGGAACUCGUCUACCGACAGCGAAAGGAGGCGAUCAUCUGCGAAGUUUCCUGGCCGCCGCCGAAGGUGAAGCCGGUGAGGAACAUAUCGACCUCAGAUUUUUGGAUGGAGAGAAGGAGGUGAGGGUUUUGAGACAGCCGGGCUUGAGAUCGGGUUUAAAGUCGCAAGGCAUAGGAGAAUUGCUUGGGGAAAGGAAUAUCAAGGCAAGUUUGCAAAGAGGAACCCUGACUAUGUGUUGGUGA